AUGAACGAGGCAAGGAGCACAUCGUCCGCAGACGUACCCGAGGGCAAGCUGGUCAAAAAGGGUUCCUUUAAGAAGAAGAUCGACUCCUUCCGUCGCUGGAGCUCCGCCAGUCUGAAGAGGUCUCCGCGGGUCAAGGCCAAGACCUCCAGCCUGUCCUGCGACCCCGAGGAGCCCUGGCUGCCCGAUGGCCACCGCAGGACCCUCAGACCCAUCGUGGACUCUGUCUUCGGACAGGGGGUGUGCCCCGCCGAGGGGGGCCGAGGGGCCGCAGCCACGCUGGGGGGGCUUAGCGCCACGGGAGAGGUGGACACGGAGGACGAGGAGGAAGGAGGAGGAGGAGGAGCGGGCCAGCGGGAGUUUGGGGGGCCGUUGUGCACUCUGGUUCAGAACUGCACCGUGCUGCAAAGCAUAGUGGGGCCGGCCUGUAUCUUCCUCAGGCAGGGCUUUGCACUGAGCCAGAUUGACAGAGAUCUGCGACCAGAGGAAAUGGAAGAGUUGCGCGAGGCGUUCAGGGAGUUCGACAAGGACAAGGACGGCUUCAUCAGCUGCAAGGACCUGGGCGAGUGCAUGAGGACCAUGGGCUACAUGCCCACCGAGAUGGAGCUGAUCGAGCUCAGCCAGCAGAUCUGCGGCGGCAGAGUGGACUUUGAGGACUUCGUGGAGUUGAUGGGUCCUAAGAUGUUGGCGGAGACGGCAGACAUGAUCGGCGUCAAGGAGCUACGUGACGCCUUCAGAGAGUUUGACUCAGACGGUGAUGGUCAGAUCAGUCUGGCCGAGCUGAGGGAGGCCAUGAAGAAGCUGAUGGGCGAGCAGCUGAACCACCACGAGAUCGACGAGAUCCUGAGGGACGUGGACCUCAAUGGGGACGGACAGGUGGACUUUGAAGAGUUCGUCCGGAUGAUGUCUCGCUGACGGCCGUUUCUCAGCUCCACCUCCCCCCCAUGUUACAGUCAAUCAUCGGGUUACUGUUAAUAUAUUAUACGUAUGCAUUUGUUCUCAUAGCUCCCCUUCGUGUGCGUUUACUGUUGUGUCAAUGACGUUUGUACGUCCUGUAGUCAUGGCGAUGUGUUCUGUGUGAAAGGGCUCCUGUUGGAAUCAGGGGAUCGUUUAACAACACUGUGAAUAGGAUUAGUAGACCCCAAAGGAGACAUUUUAUACCACCAGGUGUGAGUGUGA